AUGGAAAUUUUUGUAAUAACAUUAAAUGGCAAAACCAUCACUUUAAUAGUACAACAGUCAGAUACUAUUGAAAAUGUGAAAAUUAAAAUUCACGAAAAAGAAGGAAUCCCAAUAAACUUCCAGCAACUUCUUUUUGGUGGACAACGAUUAUAUGAUGAUAAUCGUACAUUAUCUGACUAUAAUAUUCAAAAACAUUCAACACUACAUUUGGUAUUCCGUCUCUUGGGUGGAAUUUAAAUCUUUGUGAAAACAUCAGAAUCUAAUCUGACCAACAGCAAUUAAACUUGUCAAAAAACAAUAAGAAGGUCAUAUUAAAGUCAAUCCUUUCUUGGCACUACA